AUGAAUUCUGACUCGAAGAGUGAAACGCUCCUCCUAUUCGGACCUCAGGCUCUUUCCUUUGAGACGAAAUACUUUGGCCGCAUCAGGUCGUUGGUCAACAGGAUAUCCGGAAACAAAUGGAUAUUAGACACUGUCAAUGCCCUUGGGGACGAUUUCGAUGCUUUAUGUAAAGCCAUACCAGCAGCACGUUACAUACAGCAGGGAGAAACUGGCAUUCGGGAGCUUCAACAAUGGCUCGAGAUGGGUGAAAUCCCUGAAAGAAUGGCCACUUCAAUAUUACCCAACAUUUUGCUUGGGCCCCUGACCGUCAUAGCCCAACUUGUUGAGUACAACUUACAAUGCAAAUCCCCUUUCAGCGAGUACCCUGGCGUUGAGGCUUUCGGUUUAUGUCUUGGUCUUCUGAGUGCGAUGGUCGUCGGAUGCAGCUCGAAUCAAACUGAAUUUUCGCGUUACGGUGCAGCAGCUAUUCGAUUGGCAAUGGUGAUUGGAGCAGUUGUUGACACUGAUCAGAAGAGUAAUGGCAGUGACCAAUAUGUAUCACUCGCAACUGCAACGAGAGGAAUACAGGAUGCAUCCAGUAUCUCCAAGGUCCUAAGCAGCUUCCCUGGAGCUUAUAUAUCUGUCUUGUACGAUUCCAAUCGUGCCACCAUCACUUGCCCCAAAUCCUCUGUCGACACUCUCAGAGAAAGGCUAAAGGCUUCCGAAGUCACUGCUACCGAGAUUGGACUUCGAGGACGGUUUCAUAACGGUGUCCAUGAGAGCAUGUUGAAGGAUAUCAUCACCUUUUGCAACACAUAUCCACACCUCAGACUUCCCGAUGCUUCUGGCUUGAGACUUCCGGUCCACGGAGACUCGGUAGAUGAAGCCGCUACCAUAUUCAUGCCACUUCACGAGGUGGCCUUGCGCGCUAUACUUCUGGAACCUUCCGAUUGGAUCAAAUCGUUCGCAAUAGUCUCCAACAGACUUGAUGAGAACUCCGCUUCUCGAGUCGUGUCAUUUGGACCCGAGAGGUGCAUCCCACCGUCUGCGGUUAGAUCUCUGGGCUCUGCCGCCGUUCAUUUUGACGAUGUCAAUAAUGCAAGUCCCGUCGCUGCAAGUAUCAUGGAUAAUGAUAUUGCCGUCGUGGGUAUGUCGUGCAGAGUAGCGGGUGCUGAGGACCCAGAGGGCUUCUGGGAGAUACUUAUGGAAGGACAAUCACAACACCGAGAGGUUUCCAGUGAGCGCUUUGGCUUCGAAACAGUUUUUCGACCGGAAGCCGAUAACAAGAGAAAAUGGUAUGUGGACCCCCAACAGAGACUUCUCCUCCAGGGUGCUUAUAUAGCUAUGGCACAAUCGGGGUACUUUCAGAAACCUUCAGCAGCACGAGAUAACCAUAUCGGAUGCUACAUCGGCGUCUGUGCCACGGACUAUGAGAACAAUGUCUCUCACCAUGCGCCAACCGCUUUUACAGCAACUGGAAAUUUGCGCAGCUUCAUCGCCGGCAAGGUUAGCCACCAUUUUGGGUGGACUGGUCCAAGUUUGACGGUCGAUACCGCCUGCUCGGCUUCAGCUGUGGCGAUACACUCAGCUUGCAAGGCAAUUCUGACUGGCGAGUGCUCAGCAGCUUUAGCAGGAGGUACUAAUUUCAUCAGCUCUCCCUUGUGGUACCAGAAUCUGGCCGCAGCGUCUUUUCUCAGUCCAACUGGACAAUGUAAGCCUUUUGACGUCUCAGCCGAUGGGUACUGUAGAGGCGAAGCGAUCGCGACAGUUGUUCUCAAAAGACUGUCACAUGCCGUGGCCGAGGGAGAUCAAAUUUUGGGGGUCAUCUCAUCCACUGCUGUCUACCAGAAUGAGAAUUGCACUCCAAUCUUUGUACCUAAUGCACCUUCUCUCUCUGGACUGUUCAAAGAAGUAUUACGGAAGUCGGAGAUUGAUCCUGGUGAUAUCACCUAUGUCGAGGCUCAUGGGACAGGAACCCCAGUCGGUGAUCCAGCCGAGUUUGAGAGUAUCCGCCGUGCUUUCGGCAAAGGUCGCUCAAGGCCCCUCCAGCUAGGGUCGGCCAAGGGUCUCAUAGGACAUACCGAGGGCAGUUCAGGAGUUGUUUCACUGAUCAAGGUCCUCCUCAUGAUGAAUGAGGGAUAUAUACCACCACAAUCUAGCUUCAAGACACUAAAUCCAUCCAUUCAAUCGUCACCUACUGAGAAGAUCGAGAUAGCCGGGUCUGCGCUACCUUGGCAGGUAGACAAUCACUUCAGGGCAGCUCUCAUCAACAACUAUGGUGCCUCGGGUUCCAACGCUUCUAUGGUAAUCAAGCAGGCUCCGCUUGCAUGUGAUCUAUCGACUCCGAAACCAGAGACCCCGACACAUGCGUUGACCAAAUAUCCCUUCUACAUCGCCGGUUUCGACGAGAGAAGCGUGAGAACGUACGCUGCUCGCCUUAGACAGUUCGUAAGGACCAAGCGCAGCGCCAACAUAGUGCCUGGUAUCGAAGAUUUCAGCUUUAAUCUGGCUCGGCAAUCCAACUGGUAUCUAGAGUCAGCGGUCAUAUUCAGCAGCCAGACACUUGACGAGCUUGAACAAAAGUUGGCCUCGAUUGAAUCUGGUAAAAACGAGAACAACUCCCAACUUUUAGCCAUUCCUUCUGCUUCUAGACCUGUCAUAUUAUGUUUUGGAGGCCAGAUAUCCACAUUCGUGGGGCUUGACCGUGCAGUCUACGACAGUAUUGAUGUCCUUCGAUACCAUCUUGAUCAGUGCGACAAUGUCUGUCGCUCCCUUGGAGCCGAAAGUAUUUACCCUGAAAUAUUCCAGGCUACGCCAAUCCAGGAUGUUUCAAGGCUUCAGCCUAUGCUCUUCUCACUGCAGUACGCCUGCGCGAUGAGCUGGAUCGACUCUGGCAUUUCUCCCGCUGCUCUCGUGGGCCACUCUUUCGGAGAGCUCACAGCCCUAUGCGUGGCGGGAACUCUUAGUUUACAAGACUCUCUGAAAAUGGUUUGGGGCAGAUCGAAGAUUAUUCGUGACUACUGGGGCGAAGAGAAGGGCGCUAUGAUGGCUGUCGAGGCUGACGAAGACAUGGUCACCAGCCUGCUGAACAAUUCAAAGCGCGAUGGUGUGACCACGGCGACAGUGGCCUGUUUCAAUGGACCGAGAAGUUUCACGUUGGCCGGCUCUGUGGCUGCGAUUGAGGCCGUUGCUUCCACGUUGUCGACUAAUCAGUCCUACGCAACGGCCAAGAGUAAGAGACUCAGUGUCACCAACGCGUUUCACUCGACCCUCGUUGAGAAAUUGAAGCCUGAACUGGAGGCAUUGGGGAAAAUCCUGUGUUUUACCCGACCGAAGAUACACUUGGAGAGUUCAACCAAAUCCAAGGACUGCGGCGAGCUGCUUUCGGCUCGCUACGUCGCUAACCACAUGAGAGAUCCGGUCUACUUCAGUCAAGCUGUCGAAAGGCUCUCCUCUCAGCACAAAUCAGCUAUUUGGUUAGAGGCAGGUUCUAACUCUACAAUUACGACCAUGGCCAGCAGGGCGUUGGGCAAUCCCAAAAGCAGCACCUUCCAGUCAAUCAAUAUUACCAGCGGCUCAUCCCUACUGCAACUCACAGACGCGACCAUGAGCCUGUGGAGGGCAGGCUGUCGCAUCUCGCACUGGUCACAUUCAAGGCGACAAACGCACCGAUACACGCCCUUGAUUCUACCGCCGUACCAAUUUGACAAACAACGGCAUUGGAUUCAGUUCAAGGCGCCGCCCAAGCCUCGUGAGAAAGAACCUGUAAUCGACAAGGCCGCACCAACCACGCUUCUUACAUUCAUCGGUUAUGAAGAUGACCAGAACACCUCUCCUCGGUUCCGUGUAAAUACGCAGAUUGAACGUUACCAGACGCUGGUCGCCGGACACGUGAUCGCCAAGACUGCGCCGAUCUGUCCUGCAACGUUACAAGUUGAGAUGGCUGUUGAAGGCAUCAUCAGUGUCCGACCUGACUUGGUUCAGUCCAAGAUGCAGCCGCAAAUUUGCAACGUGAACAAUCAAGCGCCUAUAUGUGUCAAUGAGUCACGAGAGGUCUUUCUUGAAUACGCCGCAACGAGUAAUGGCAGCAAUAAAUCCUAUUCAUGGAAGUUCAAGAUUUCGAGCUCCGAGGCAAAUCGAGGCGCGUCGACAACACAUGUUACUGGAGAGGUUCGUUUUCGUGCAGCCGACGACAACCAGUACCGUUUGGACUUUGGCCGACUUGAACGUCUAGUAAAUCACCAGCAGUGCAUUGAAGUUUUGAACAGCAGUCACCCGGACGACGAAGUCAUUCAAGGAUCCAGCAUUUACAAAGUCUUCUCCGAUGUUGUUGAUUACGGUCAAAUCUUCUUCGGGUUGCAAAAGCUGGUCGGUCGUUUCGAUGUCUCUGCUGGAAGAGUCGUGAAGCAACGAAUCGGAGAGGCUUGGCUUGAUCCCCUCUUGGGUGAUUGUUUUAGUCAGGUAGGUGGCAUUUGGGUCAACUGUAUGGCAAACAAAUCAGUGCCUGAUAUGUUUAUUGCCAAUGGGUUUGAACAAUGGAUCAAAAAUCCAAAGCUUAGCGAAUGUCAAGCAGACAAACAGAGCACGUGGCAUGUCCUAGCGCGUCACACCGCCGCUGCGUCUGGCAACGCCUUUUUGACAGACAUAUUUGUCUACGAACCAGAGAGUGGCCAACUGGUGGAGGCGAUUCUUGGCAUCAACUACGCCAAGGUCGCAAAAGCCUCGAUGAGUAAGCUUUUGUCGCGACUGACGCCGGGUCGUUCUCGACCUACUGCGCCUGAAGAGACGCCGAGCGCUGUAGCCAUGCUAUCGGAAAAGUCGUUGUCGUCCCAGUCGAGGCCAGUGAAAGAUUCUAGUCGUCCAGGCAAGUCGGAAUUGCUGCUAAAAUUGAAAGGCGUCCUAGCUGAGCUCGCCGGCCUUGAAGUAGGCGAGGUUAAAGAUGAAGUAGAACUCGCAGACAUCGGUAUUGAUUCGUUGAUGGGUAUGGAAAUGGCUCGCGAGGUCGAGACUACUUUCAGCUGCACUCUAGACACUGAUGAGUUGAUGCAAGUCUCCGAUCUUCCUCAGCUCUUCACAUGCCUGCUCUCGGCGCUGGGAGAUUCAGUGGGCGACUCAGAUGACGGAAAACAUGAUGGUAUAUCAUCGAACUCUGGGUCGAGUGGUUCUUCAGAUGCUGCUAGAACGCCAUCGUCGACAAAGGCCACAUCGGUUCAGGAUACCUAUGCACACGACCUGGACUUGAGUAAACAACAUGACGACUUGAUAAUCCCGUCUGCACUAGUUCUAAAAGCUUUCGGCGGGUCAAAAUCCCGCACCGAUCAUUUCAUAGAGGACCACCAUUGUUCAGGUUAUUUGGAGAAAGUCAUGCCCAAACAAGCCAACCUGUGUAUUGCACUUACUCUCGAAGCUUUCAAGGAGCUAGGCUGUGAUCUGUCACAGGCCAAACCAGGCGAGGCGCUACAGCGUAUCCCAUUUGAUGCCCGUCAUGGCCGCUUGGUAGAAUAUCUGUACAUCAUGCUGGAAGAGACGCGUAUCGUGGAUCUUGACGGCGGACGAAUCACUCGCACCGCAUUACCACCCCCAGAGAAAAGUAGCAACGAGAUACUGCAGCAACUUCUUCGCGAACACCCGGAUCAUAGCUAUGCUAAUGAGUUGACCCACUGGACGGGGUCCAACAUCGCGGCUGUACUCAGGGGCGAGGCUGACGGCAUCAAGUUGAUCUUCGGGAACGAAAAAGGUCGUGAGCUUGUUGCAGGUCUCUAUGGAGACUCGCUCUUGAAUAAGCUGUCGUAUAGACAGAUGGCGGAUUUCCUCAAUCGACUUGUCGACAAGUUGUCAGAAGCUGAGAUCGGUGGCACACUAAGGAUAUUGGAGAUGGGAGCAGGCACGGGAGGAACAACUAAGUGGCUCGUGCCCAUGCUGGCUCGACUUGGUAUGCCAGUUGAAUACACUUUUACUGACUUAGCACCAUCUUUCGUGGCGGCGGCUAGAAAGAAGUUCAAGGAGUACCCCUUCAUGAAGUUUGCGGUUCAUGAUAUAGAGAAGCCACCGUCGCAGACUGAGCUACUUGCCUCACAGCACAUCGUCAUUGCUAGCAACGCGGUCCAUGCAACACACUCGCUGACAGUGUCUACUGAGAAUAUUCGCAAGUUCCUCCGCCCAGAUGGCAUGCUACUCAUGUUGGAAAUGACGCAAACACUUUACUGGGUUGACUUGAUAUUUGGUAUCCUCGAGGGUUGGUGGCUGUUUGAUGAUGGUCGGCGUCAUGCUAUUGCCGACGAGAGGCGGUGGGAAGAGGAACUUCAUAAAGCCGGUUAUGGUCAUGUGGACUGGACAGAUGGAAGUUCUCCAGAGGUGACCAUUCAGAAAGUAUUUCUUGCACUGGCUUCGGGUUCGCAGCUUGAUAGACUGCCAUCCUCGACACGUUCCAGUACCGAUAAUCAUGCACCUACUAAUUUGGAGGCGCGAAGAGCUGCGACUAAUGCCUAUGUUCAGACAGCAACGGAAACCUUCUCAGUGGUCGAAACUGACGAAGAAGAACUGACAGAUCCUUCGUCCUCAUUGAGCGUACUUGUCACUGGAGCAACCGGGAGUCUCGGUUGUCACCUCGUCACCCAUCUCGCGAGUCUCCCAAACGUGUACAAUGUCUACUGUCUCAAUCGCACAAUUCGCGGAGAAGAAGGGGGCCUUCCGCGGCAGAUGCGAGCUCUUGAGUCCAGGGGCAUCAUCCCGGACGCGCUGACGCUCUCAAAGCUCAGGGUCUUCGAGAGCAGUGACACAUCCAAACCACAUCUUGGGCUUAACCAGAGCGAGUACCGUGAGCUGGCGAGAUGCGUUACCCACAUUGUCCAUAACGCGUGGCCAAUGAGUGGGAAAAGACCGGUAAAGGGCUUCGAAUCGCAAUUUGUCACCAUGACCAAUCUGGUAGACCUGGCGGCCACUAUUUCACAGGAAAGAAAUAGGCGCGUCUCCUUCCAAUUCGUCUCCUCCAUUGCCGUCGUCGGCCACUAUCCCCUAUCACACGGAACUCCAAAUAUUCCAGAAGAACCCGUGAUGAUCGAGUCAGUGCUGCCAAAUGGUUACGGCGAUGCCAAGUAUGUCUGUGAACGCAUCUUGGAGAAGACACUUCAUCGCUAUCCCAAGCGCUUCCGAACCAUGUCAGUCCGUCUAGGUCAAGUCGCCGGGUCAAGCAAUAGUGGCUAUUGGAAUCACAUGGAGCAUUUUUCGUUCAUGGUCAAGACAGCACAGACGCUACGUGCACUGCCCAGUCUAAGUGGGCAGCUGUCAUGGACCCCUGUGAAUGACGUCGCCGGCACGCUGACGGACCUGCUGCUGUUGCCGAAGGACAACUGUUUGAUCUACCACAUCGACAAUCCCAUUCGCCAGCCUUGGGAUAAUGUCACCGCCAUCCUCGCCAGAGCUUUACAUAUUCCGAAUGAACGCAUUGUGCCUAUGCCUGAAUGGCUACGUCGGGUACGGGUAUUCCCCGGAGACAUUGAAGAAAACCCGGCGCUGAAGCUUGUUGAUUUCUUGGAGCAUGACUUUGAGCGCAUGUCUUGUGGAGGUGUGUUACUCGGCGUUGAGAGAGCGCUAGAGCAUUCACCUACGCUACGAGCGGUAGGUCCUGUGGGCGAGCAAGUUGUACUCAAAUAUGUCCAGGCGUGGAAAAAUGCCGGCUUUCUACGAUGA